UCUGACACACCUAUGCAGUCACCACAGGGGGGAGUGUGAGGCGAGGUGACAUGUAGGUACUGAAAAGGCAACCGUGGGGAGUAUCUGGAGGCGGUGUAGGAGGAGGAGGUGGGUGGGGCGGCGAGCAGGUUGAGGGAGGGCAGGUUGGAGGGCUGGCCUGCCGCUCACUCGGUCAGAGGUGGCACUCACAUGCACGUAGCGGCAGACACGCGUGCCUCCAGCUCCCUCCGUGUCUCCUGUAGCCUCCGUACCUGGAUAAGUUACCUGUACCGUGAAGAUGGAGACGUGCGCUGGAAAAUAAUCGCAUCUCGCCUGUGACUCAUUCUUGUUUGUCUCGAGUGAAAUUUUUGAAGGUGAGAGGGAGAGGGAGAGGGAGGGGAGAGAGUCAGAAUCCCUCGCCGAUCUGAAAUGUAAUUAGCACGGCCAUGAAGGGUUGAUGAUUGGAAGUUUGGUACCUGUUUGGGUUGUGUCUAGUGCAGGAUUACCGAGGAGGUGUUGGUGCAAAGCUCAGGUACCGAGCGGGUGUUGUUACUGAGGCCGCCAAGUGAGUAACUAAGAGGUCAUCCAUAAGCAAUCAGUUCCGGAAACAGUGAGCGAGGCAUUGCUCGGAAAAAAAAAAAAAAGUAAAUAUAUAAAAGAAAGACUGGUGAAUUAUCUGCCAACGCACACUGUUUGGUUUUCGCUGUAAAGAGAAAGAAAAAAGUGUAAGAAAGGACAUUAGAGAGCGGCAGUGACAGCAGUGCGGGCGUGAGUGACAGAAGUGAUUGCACGUCCCCGGGAUCACCAGUGUUGGACCAGGUGGAGGCAGCGGAGGGGUGCGGCGCCCCCCACACGGAGCAGCACCUAAGGAGUGAACCCAGGAUGCCCCGCCCUUACACAGCCGCUCCGUGACUCCCUACACACACACACACACACACACACACACACACACACACACACGCGCGGACACACAUACACACACAUAAAUACGUGAUGGCGGAUCAAUGUGUGUCAUAGGGCGCCGAGUCACUGCGACGCGCCAUGCCAACACGUGACGGGGCCGUGCACGUGUAAGCUUCGGUCCAACGUGUUUCGCUUCCCGUGUGGGCGGCGGGGAGGCGACGGGAGGCGGGGAAGGAGACGCUGGUGUGAGCGGGGCAGUGGGCGAGCACCUGAGGCGUCUCCCCGCGGCCAGAUGGGACCAAGACUGCAGCCGCUGGUCUUCAUCCUCCUGGCGGUGGCGGCGCUGUGGGCGGAGGUGGCUGGGGAUGGCGGCGGGCAGCUAGAGGUGGAGAUGGGCGGCGCUGGCGGAGGCGGGGGCAGCUUGAUAACAGACCAGCUGCUGAAUAACUCCCAUAUUGUAGUGCUGCCCGGAGAGUCUGCCAAGCUUGCCUGCCCUCUGCCCUCUGACGUGUUUGGCUCGUUCCUCCAUCUUCCCCAGCGGGUGUCGUGGAUCAGGAGGCGGGACAUGCAGCUGCUGGCCAUGGGGGAGAAUCUCUUCACGGGGGACCACCGCAUCUUCGUCUCCCACUCCAGACACCCGCACAAGAAGGACUCCAGACACACGCAGGUUUGGUUCCUGCACCUGAAGAACGUGACGAAGGAGGACGAGGGGGAGUAUGAGUGCCAGACGUCCACACACCCGCCCAACUCUUACAUGACUUUCCUUAAGGUUCAGACCGCCUGGAGUGAGUUACAAGGCCCCGCCGAGCGCCAUGUGGCUGCCGGCAGCACCCUGAGGCUGGUGUGCACGGUGAAGGACGCCCACCUGCCCCUCAAGUAUGUCUUCUGGUAUCAGGACUCCAAGAUGAUCAACUUCGACAAGAGACGAGGUGUCAACUUCACGCUGGAAAGGGAUCACAGUGUCCUGACUGUGUCCUCUGUGUCCGACACCCACGCCGGGAACUACACCUGCCAGCCGGCUAACGCCACGCCCUCCUCGGUCCUCGUCCUCGUCAUGGUCGAGACGACGGAGCCCGGGGCGGAGGGCGGCCGCGGCCAGAAGGGGGCGGACAACGAGAAGACUCAGGUCCGGCAGCUUGGCGUGAAGAGCGCCUCCUCCGCCGGGCCUCGUGUCCUACCUCAGACCCUGGCGCUCUUCCUGCUGGGCCCGCUGCUCCUCGACGCCCUCGCCCUUCCCGCGGGUCUUCCAGAGUAACUUGUAGAGAGACUGGACUCGGCGCCCUGUUGUGUGUGUGCUCUUGGGCGCCACAGUGAGUGAGUGGGCGCGUUGCGAGGCUUGCCUGAUGGACGCUGGACUAACGGUGUAUAUAUUGGAGUUUAUAUACAUAUAUUGAAGAAAGAACAAGGUUAUUAUAUUCGUCGGUGGAAUCAUGACGUUAUUACUGUGAAGUGUGGAUAUUGUUAUUAUUAUUAUCAUCAUUCUUUUUUUCUAUUCAGCCCCUCCCUCGAUGCAUAGAGUUAAUUAUCGAAUCUAUAGCGUGUGUGUGUGUGUGUGUGUGUGUGUGUGUGUGUGUGUGUGUGUGUGUGUGUGUGUGUGUGUGUGUGUGUGUGUGUGUGUGUGUGUGUGUGUGUGUGUGUGUGUGUGUGUGUGUGUGUGUGUGUGUGUGUGUGUGUGUGUCCAGACGCUGGUUGGCUGCUGUGGGACGAAGACAUAUCCGCCAGUGUCCGGUGUCCCACGUUCACUCUGUCUUGAGGUGGUGGAAGAUGAAGGGCGCGCCACUGCCCUGCUCUCCUCCCCGCCCUGAGUGUUCUGUCCUCGUCCUCGGCGUGGCCUCCAUCAGCCGGGCGUUCUCUCUGUCUCUCCUUGAACAUGGGAUAACCUGGUGUUAAUGUUUUCCUGUGUUGCUCGUCACAAUAAACGUGAUAUAGGUGUGGAGUGUGAAGUCCCAGGUGUAUUUAAUUAAUCUGAUGUACUCGUAAAAUGUCUCACAGUAACUUUUUACGAAUGGAGUUCCUAUCACAUUCAGCCACUACGAAAUGUAAUAUAAAAGUGUAAAUCACGCAAAAAAAAGUAAUGAUAUUGAGGAGUUGAGUCUUUGUUUUGAUAGACAUUUUGGACGAGGCUCAUGAAGUCAAAACACUAAGGGAAAAAAAAAAAAACAUUUAUGGUGAAUCACAGACCUUGACGUUAUACCUGUCCACUGAAACAUGCAAUCACAGGUGCGAGAGACCGACAGUUAUACGCACGUACAAGAGAUGCUGAAAUUGGCAGGUGCGAGACGCGGUAUUAAAGGCGCGAGUCGUGUGAUUACGAGUAGGAGAGAAAGGCAAUUACAGGUGUGAAAGACGUGAAAUCACAGGUGUGAGAGAUAAGAAAUUACCGGUGCGAGAGAAAAUCACAAAAUCAAUACCGGUGAGCACCUGACCGGGUGGCGCUGUUGUAAGUGCUACCCGCUCAAAGGGUCUUGCAGGAGGCCUCUUCAACCCCCGCACACGAGAUCCAUGACUGCAGCACCCGCCACAUACACGUUGGUUGUUAAGUGUCACGAUUAAAUGGAAAGAUAUUGGAAAAUGGCUCAUAACUUAUCUCUCUUGGCCAUUCCGUCAUCGUCAGGAGCCACAGGGAGGGAGAGAGGCAGUGCCAAUCCCUCCCGACAUAGGCACUGUUCUCUCAUCUUUAAAACAUUGAGUGCCAAGGAAAAGAGUGACAUGUCCUCUCUCAGAUGCCGGCAGCACUCACCGUGCACUCAUCACCAGCAAACACUUUUACUGGAAGUAUUAAAACAAGAACUAACGAACAUUACACCUUCUCCUUCUUUUCUUUGAACUCGUAAAUGCGUCUUUUUACGGGGAAUUUGGUGUUUACGCGGAGCUGAGUUGGUGUAGGCGUUCAUCAGUGUUGUCCGAGGCUUGAUGGGGAGGGAGGGAAGGGAGGGCGGGGAGUGAUUCAGGGAGGAAAAAAGAGCAGUGUUUGGUAUUGUCCCGGCCAAGAGAUGCGAAGGACAAGAUACAGAGAUGAAUAAAUCUUGGCCACCUCCUGUAGAGUGCGUCUGUGUCCCAACCCGUGUGCGAGAUGCAACGACCGACGCGAGGCUGUUCACGCCAUACAGGACAAAGGAACUAACUGAUGGAGGUGCGAGAAGGGGAGAGGCGAAGGGGAGCAGAGUGAGAGAAAACCCACAGCCUCACGAGCCGCCUCUCAGCCUCUCCUUCCUUCCCGUGUGUCAAGGAGGAAGGUGAAUGAUAAAAAAGGGACGUUAGACUGUCUUUUCUCCGGUAUGACAUUAGACAAAUAAUGAAGAUAAAUAAAAAAGUGACUCCUUCUGGAUGUUCCAAUUUAUUUUUAUGUUGAAAGUGUUACCAUAGAAUCAGAUGUUAUACUAGAGUGUACUUGUCCCUGUUUUGUAUGAUAAAUAUAUUGGAAAAUAAAAUGUCAAGUGCUCA